AUGCCACACUCAACCUCUCAGCCAGAUGUCGCAGGUCCCGUGAGGGUGGCAAUCGACAGGGGAGGUACUUUCACUGAUGUAGUUGUUUUCUUUGCCGACGGAAGGGAGAAAGUGUUCAAGUUACUGUCGCGAGAUCCGAGCAAUUACAAGGAUGCACCGAUUGAGGCUAUUCGGAGAAUCCUGGAGGAAGUCGAGAAUAGAUCAAUCCCGAGAGGGGUAUCAUUAGAUCUCACAAACAUCGAAUCACUCCGUAUGGGAACUACAGUCGCCACAAAUGCAUUGCUAGAACGCCAAGGAGCCAAGACGGUCUUAUUUAUUACUAAAGGAUUUAAAGAUUUGCUCAAGAUUGGUAACCAAUCACGCCCGGACAUGUUUGCGCUCAAUGUAAAACGACCAGAGCUUCUAUAUUCCAAGGUUGUUGAAGUAUCAGAAAGAGUGACACUGCAUGAUUCCAUUGCAUAUAAACGAAAGGAUAACGAGGGCAAUUCACAGCCCACCGAGAAUGUUACUGCUACGGCUGAGCUCAGAUCACCAGAAGACAACGAUGUAAUUGUUGGAAUAUCGGGAGAGAAGGUUCGUGUUAUCCAGAAGCUCGACCUGAAAGAAGUACAAGAAGGGCUUCAAGCCGCAUACUCGGAAGGAUACCGCAGUAUUGCAGUCUGCCUCCUACAUUCUUACACAUUUCCCGACCACGAGCAGGCUAUUGCAGCUGAAGCCAAGAAGGUCGGGUUCACACAAGUAUCUGUAUCGAGUCAGCUAUCACCAGCAAUCAGAAUGUUGCCCCGCGCAAGCUCAGCGGUAACAGAUGCAUAUCUGACUCCAGAGAUCCAGGCAUAUCUGGAGGGUUUCCAAGCUGGAAUUGGAAACAAGAGUCUUGAGACCGUGAACUGGAGAAUUAUGCAGUCCGAUGGCGGCCUUGUGCAUCCUUCGAAGCUUUCAGGACUUCGGGCUUUACUGUCUGGUCCGGCUGGAGGUGUUAUCGGGUAUGCGAAGACGUCCUACAUUCCCGAGAAACCAACGCCCGUCAUCGGCUUCGACAUGGGAGGGACAUCAACAGAUGUUUCCAGAUACGCAGGAACGUUGGAGCAUGUGUUCGAAUCCACCACAGCGGGGAUCUCAGUCCAGGCUCCUCAACUUGACAUCAACACUGUUGCUGCAGGAGGAGGAAGUGUUCUUGCGUGGCGAAAGGGCAUCCUAGCGGUGGGCCCGGAGAGUGCAGGAUCACACCCGGGACCUGCCUGCUAUAGAAAGGGAGGGCCUGCAACAGUCACUGAUGCCAAUUUGAUUCUCGGUCGGAUUGUCCCUGACUAUUUUCCGUCUAUCUUUGGUGAGACGCAAGACCAGCCACUUGACGUGAACGCCUCCUACGAGCGGAUGAGAGAAUUGAUGGAAGUUAUCAACAAGGAUCAAGGGACCAGCUUUUCCGUCGAAGAAAUCGCGAGCGGUUUCAUUACGGUUGCCAACGAGGCCAUGUGUCGCCCGAUCCGCGCGUUAACAGAAGCUCGGGGGCAUAACACUGCUGACCACAAUCUUGCUGCAUUCGGAGGAGCCGGUGGCCAACACGGAUGCGAGAUCGCCAGGGCACUCAAGAUCAAACGCGUGAUCCUUCAUAAAUAUUCGUCAGUCUUGUCGGCCUAUGGAAUGGCUUUGGCAGAAACAAUCCAGGAAGAGCGACUGCCGUUUGCGGAAGUUCUAUCGACGUCGUCGUUGGAGCGAGCCAAGACAUUACUCGAGCAGCUUAGAGGCAAAACCGUUUCUUCGUUGAGGCAAAUAGACCCAACGUGUGGAAAGACAGAUUCUUCAUUCUUUCUGAACCUGCGAUAUGACGGAAGCGACACCUCUCUGAUGGUCGAGAAGCCCGAAGAUAGCUGGGACUUCGAGGGGAGUUUUGUGCGCAUGCAUUACCAAGAAUUUGGCUUCACGCCUUCCGGGCGAGAUAUCUUGGUAGAUGAUAUACGAGUCAGGACGACGGCAAAGACAACUGAAGAGGAUAAGGUCGGUCUCCGAGAGCUGGAUACGCUCACGGCGACAAGCUGGGCAAGCUCCACCAAGACGACACGGAUGUUCUUCGAGAAGUUGGGCUUCGUUGAUGCUCCACUCUAUCUUUUAGACGAUCUCUCAGUCGGUGGAAAGAUAGCUGGUCCUGCGAUGGUCAUUGAUAAGACACAAACAAUCGUGGUGUCUCCGGACUCUACAGCAACGGUCUUGUCGUCGAUGCUCGUUCUCGACGUUGAGCCUGUGCUGGCGGAUACGGAUGCCAAAGCUACCAUUGAUCCCAUCCAGCUUCCAGUGUUCGCCAACCGCUUUAUGGGAAUUGCUGAACAGAUGGGCCGAGCACUCCAAAAAACAUCAGUCAGUACAAAUAUCAAAGAGCGGCUGGACUUUAGCUGCGCCAUCUUCUCGGCGGAUGGCGGCCUCGUUGCCAACGCACCCCAUGUGCCUGCAAUGCUAGGAAGUAUGGCAUUCUCAGUCAAGUGGCAGAUCGAUUACUGGAAGAACAACAUUAGAAAGGGCGACGUAUUUCUCACAAAUGCACCUUACGCCGGAGGCGUGCAUCUCCCUGAUCUAACCGUGAUCACUCCCGUUUUUGACGAAGCCGGGGGGGAAGUUCUCUUCUGGACAGCAUCGCGCGGCCACCAUGCUGAUGUUGGAGGAAUAGUCCCUGGUUCUAUGCCAGCGAACUCCACCGAGCUCUGGGAGGAAGGUGCAGUCAUCGAUGCUAUGAAGGUGGUCGAAGAUGGUGUUUUCCAAGAAGAGCGAGUCCUUGAGGCCAUGUUAUAUGCCCCCGCGAGAUUCCCCGGAUGCCAGGGCGCCCGAUGCAUACAAGAUAACAUCACCGAUAUCAAGGCUCAAGCAGCAGCUAAUCAAAAGGGAGUGAACCUGAUCACUUCUCUUAUCCGGGAGUUUGGACUGGACUCCGUCGUCCUCUAUAUGAACGAGGUCCAGAGUGCAUCCAGCAAUGCUGUGAGAGAGACGCUCAAGAAGAUUUGCAAAGACAAGGGAAGAAAUAUUUUUGAGGCUGAAGAUUUUAUGGAUGAUGGCUCCCGUAUCAAACUGAAGAUCACAAUUGAUCCGGAGACUGGAAACGCGGAUUUCGACUUUAACGGAACUAGCCCUCAGGCAAACGGAAAUUGGAAUGCCCCGAUAGCUGUCUGCAACUCGGCUACCAUUUAUACACUACGUUGCCUGGUUAAUGCUGAUAUUCCGCUAAAUCAAGGAUGCAUUGUUCCAGUGAACUUGAUCAUUCCGGAGAACUCUUUCCUCAGCCCAUCAAAAUCAGCCGCUGUCGCUGGUGGCAAUGGUCUGACGAACCAGCGUCUGGUAGACACCAUCCUGAAGGCGCUUGAGAUAUGCGCAGCCAGCAAUGGUUGCAUGACAAACUUCACAUUCGGACUAGCGACAGCCGAUGGGUUUGGGUACUACGAGACAAUCGGCGGAGGCAGCGGCGCAGGUCCUUCGUGGGAGGGCGAGGAUGGUGUUCAUUGCCACAUGACCAACACCCGUGCCACGGACCCUGAAAUCAUGGAGAGGAGAUACCCCGUGUUGUUGAGGCAAUUUGCACUUCGAGAGGGAAGUGCAGGUGGUGGCAUGUAUCGCGGAGGAGAGGGUAUUGUCCGAGAACUGGAGUUCCUUAUCGACAUGACAGCAGGUAUUCUCUCGGAGCGACGCGUCUUCCAGCCGUAUCCCAUGGCAGGUGGCCAACCUGGUGGUCGGGGCGAGAAUCUCCUGCUUCGGACUGAUGGGCGUGUGAUCAAUAUGGGAGGGAAGGCGACGUGUCGCGUUAAGGCCGGAGACAGAAUUCAAAUUCACACUCCAGGUGGUGGAGGAUAUGGUUCAAGUGAGGAUGGGAUCAACGGAUCCGCCUCAGGGGUACGCGAUGACAAUGGUGCAGGGACACUGCAGUUUGUCCCGCUAGCAAAUGGCUCCCUGUAUUCUCGAAGAGAGGUAGAGGAGGGGAACUAA